UUGUGAAAAGCCAACAAAAGUAGUGCAUAAUUGUGGCGUUUUACGUAAUAAAAAUCUGAAAAGUGUGUCAGGCAUUUAAAAAAAAAAAAUUUUACCUUCAUAAAUUAUUUUGCUUUAGUCACUUUGCUGCAUAAGCUCAAACUAAGAAUUGUGUUGCUCUCUUAUGCUGCAGUUUUAAAGACUAAAUUUAUAAUGUUUUUUUUUUUUUUGGUCUGGACUUUGACUGGGCCAUUCUAACACAUUAUUUGAUUAGUCACAGAGAGCUACUUCCCUUCAAAGUUUCGACGAGUCUCUUAACACACCUGAAGUGGAAUGACAUGUUGAUGAGGGAACUCAUCCAUUUGAUUCAGGUGUGUUGGAUAAGGGACACGCCUGCAACUCCAGUCCUUGAAUGACACUGCCCUGCAAGUUUUGGAUGAAUCCAUGCUCCAACACACCUGAAUCAAAUAAUUGGUUAAUGACAAACCUUUGCAAAAACUUGCUGACAUGGGACUUUUGAAGACAAGUUGUCUUUGUUUUUGGUGGCCGUUAGAGUAAAAUCAGCUACAUAGAAAUCCAUGGCAAAAGUUACUUAUAAUAUUGAUUAAAAUUAAAUUUUUUAGUCCAUCUCCUAAAAUCCCAACGUGGUUGAAAUGUGAAAAAGUUAAGUUGGUAUGAAUAUCAGUCAAGGACCUUGUAGAUGUUGUCCUCAGUUUAGCAAAUAGGUCUCACCGAGAGGAAAAAAGAAAUACCCUGAGCUGCUCCUGAGUGUGAUUUAUCAAUCUUUGCUCAUCCAUUUGCUGCAGAUUAACAGUUAACCCGCUUGCCUCUUUAUGUGAGUGUGAACAAAGUGCAAAACUGCCGUCAGCUGGACAGAGGCAGGCUCUGAGGAGAGGCAGAGGACACCGGCCGCUCCUCGGGCAGGAACAUGCAGACCGGGCUGAGGUUUUACAAGUCUCUACACAGAUUGGAAAGGAUAAAAACAUGGCAACUCUGGAGCUUUACACAAAGGGGGCAGGUGUGUGGGUGCCUGACCCAGAAGCAGUUUGGGUCUCAGCCACUCUCCUGAGGGACUACAACCCUGGAGACGAACAGCUUUGGCUGCAACUCCAGAAUGGAAACGAGGUCCAAUACACUGUGGACUCCACGUCCGAUCUCCCCCCACUGGGGAAUCCCGACAUCCUGGAGGGGGAGAACGACCUGACGGCUCUCAGCUUCCUGCACGAGCCUGCUGUGCUGCACAACCUCCGGGUCCGCUUCCUGGACUACAGCAGCAUCUACACAUACUGUGGUAUUGUGUUGGUAGCCAUAAAUCCCUACGAUCAGCUGUCCAUAUAUGGUGAGGAGGUAAUAGACGCUUACAGCGGUCAGGACAUGGGUGACAUGGAGCCUCACAUCUUCUCUGUGGCCGAGGAAGCAUACCGCACCAUGACCAGGGAAGAGAGGAAUCAGUCCAUCAUCAUCAGUGGGGAGUCUGGCUCUGGAAAAACGGUUUCAGCCAAAUUCACCAUGCGAUAUUUUGCUGUGGUCGGAGGAGCGGCUCAACAGACCAGCGUGGAGGAGAGAGUGCUGGCUUCAAACCCCAUCAUGGAGUCCAUAGGGAAUGCUAAAACCACCCGGAAUGACAACAGCAGCCGCUUCGGGAAGUACAUCGAGAUCGGUUUUGGUAGAAAGGGGGACAUCAUCGGGGCCAACAUGCGGACCUAUCUGCUGGAGAAGUCGAGGGUUGUCUUUCAGGCGUCAUCAGAGAGAAACUACCACAUGUUCUAUCAACUGUGUGCAGCCAGAGAGCUGCCUGAAAUGAGAUCACUCCAACUGGAGCCGCCUGAAUAUUUCCACUACACCAAACAGGGAGGAGAGAUGCAGAUUCCCGGCACGGACGAUCUGUCAGACCUGGAGCGAACUCGCAAUGCUUUCACCGUCCUCGGUGUGCAGUCUGAGCAGCAAAUGGAGCUCUUCAGGAUCCUGUCGGCUGUUCUGCACCUGGGAAACGUCAACAUUCAAGCCAGCGGCAGAAGCGCCGACAGGAGUUACAUCAGCGCAGACGACCGCUCUCUGGCCGUCUUCUCCAAGCUGUUGGGAGUCGAGGGAUCUCAGAUGGCUCACUGGCUGUGCAGCCGCAGGCUGGCGGUGGGGGGGGAGAUGCUGGUGAAGCCCAUGACUGGUCAGCAGGCUCUAGAAGCCAGAGACGCGCUUGCCAAACACAUCUACGGUCAGCUGUUCACGUGGACGGUCCAGCGUCUCAACUCGGCCCUGCGAUCGCAGAAGGGGAAGACCAAAUCUUUCAUAGGAGUGUUGGAUAUCUACGGGUUUGAGACUUUUGACCAGAACAGCUUUGAGCAGUUCUGUAUAAAUUAUGCAAAUGAAAAACUUCAGCAGCAGUUUAACAGGCACGUCUUCCAUUUGGAGCAGGAGGAGUACGUCAGAGAGGAGUUGGCUUGGAACAGGAUCGAAUUCAGCGACAACCAGGAGUGCAUCAAUCUCAUCGAAGGCCCUCUGGGAAUAUUUGAUCUGUUGGACGAAGAGUGCCGGAUGCCAAAGGGGUCUGAUGAGAACUGGGCCCGAAAGCUGUACGACCAACACCUGAACAGCAAGCCCCACCCUCACUUCGGGAAGCCCAGGAUGACAAACAGCGCCUUCAUUGUUUUCCACUUUGCUGACACGGUGCAAUAUGAAUGCGGCGGCUUUCUAGACAAGAACCGAGACACGGUGUUUGAGGAGCUCAUCAACAUUCUCAAAGCAAGUCAGUCUGAGCUGGUGGCUGAGCUGUUCCAGCAGCAGGGAGGUGCUCCCUCUGUGGCCAAUGGGAGCGUUCGCUCAGGAAAAAGAGCCGCCAGAGAACACAAGCUGACUGUAGGCUUCCAGUUUCGUCAGUCCUUACAGAUGUUGAUGGACACCCUGAACAGCACCACUCCUCACUAUGUGCGUUGUAUUAAACCCAACGACCUAAAAGCAGCUUUUAUGUUUGACCCACAGCGGACGGUGCAGCAGCUGAGAGCCUGCGGGGUUCUGGAAACUAUUCGCAUCAGUGCAGCCGGUUAUCCAUCCAGAUGGACAUACGAGGAGUUCUUCAGCAGGUAUCGUCUUCUCCUUCGGGGACCCCAGAGCCAGGAUCAGGCUCAGGCCUCGUGCAGACAGGCUCUGCCUCAGCUCAUCCCAGACACCGACCAGUACUGCUUCGGAAAGACCAAAGUGUUUUUCCGGGCGGGUCAGGUGGCUGUCCUGGAGAGGCUGAGGUAUGAGCGGCUGCGUGUCGCUGCUGUGACCCUCCAGCGCCACGCCAAGGGCUGGUUGGCUCGGAUCAGGUACAGCAGGAUCCUCUGGGCGGCUGCUACCAUCCAGAGAUACACCAGAGGAGCUCUGGCCAGACGGCGGGCUCUGACUCUGCGCUACACAAAGGCUGCCAUAGUGAUCCAGAAGACGUACCGGAUGGUGGUGGUCAGGCAGCUUUUCCUCAUGAUUCGAGACGCCACCGUCACCAUCCAGGCCUUCACCAGGGGGACUCUGGCCCGCCGCAGAUACAGACAGCUGAUAGCAGAGCGGGCCGCCGUGCUGCUCCAGGCGACGGUGCGUGGCUGGCUGGCGAGGCGGGCGUACCGGCGGGUGCGCGCCGCGGUCAUAUUCAUGCAGUGCUGCGUUCGCCGCAAGGCGAGCAGGAGGGAGCUGCUGAGGCUGAAGGCCGAGGCCCGCUCCGUGGAGCGGUACAGGGAGCUCAACAAGGGCAUGGAGGUCAAACUGAUGCAGCUGCAGCUCAGACUCAACCAACAGGUGAGGGAGAGCGCUGCUCUGAGAGGGACUCUCCACGCGGAGCGAGAGGCUGCCAGCGCCGAGCUGGAGGCUCUGAGGGGGAUCAUCCAGAAGCUGGAAAACCAGAGACUGGAGAAGCCGCCGCCUUCCCCGGCGGUCAGCGAGAAGGAGGUGGAGGAAAGGAGGAGAGCGGAGGAGAAAGCCGCUCAGGAGAUCCUUCGACUCACACAGGAGAUGCAAGCGUUACAGAAAGACAAGGAGAACAUCAGCAAGGAGAAGGAAAAUCUCACCGCUCAGCUCCACGAGAAAGAGAGAACACAAAACGAGUGUGUACAAAAGGCCGUGCAAGAGGCCAGCGCUGCUCUGCAGUCAGAGCUGGAUGAGGAGAAGAUGAAGUACCAGGGUCUCCUGAGGGAGCUCACCAGACUGGAGCAGAGAUACGACAACCUGAGGGAGAUGAAUCUGCUCACCGAGCGCUCCAGAGGACACAGAAGGACCGACUCGGCUCAGAGUCUGAUCUCCGAGCCUCUCUCUCCGUGCUCCACUCCGCUGUCGCCCCAGUCUCUCACCCCGCUCUCGUGGUCCCCCUUCACUUCGGCGUUCCCGUCCCCGGAGGAGAAGCGCAGAAUCAGCGUGACGUCCCCCACUCCGGAGAGGAGAAUCUCGGCGUGGAGCUCGGAGUCGCCGCUGGAUCAGUUGAUGGAGAAGAUGGACGUGGCCAAAGACCCGGCAGUGAAGAAGAAAGGAGAAGACCUGGAGUACGCUUAUGAUGCCGUACGAGUGGCCAACAAGUUUCUGGAGAGCCAGCAGCAGAAGCAGCAGACUGAGUGGAAGGACGAACUCGAGGAUCUGAGGAACCAGCUCAGUAAGAAGAUCUGUUCUGGUUCCUCUCCUGCAAAGAAACGGGAUUUGUGGCAGCUGCUGGAAGCCAGAGAGUUUGAGUGCAUGAGGCUGCGGAGGGAGCUGAAGGAGCUGAGGCACACGGCGACUCUCAGACACCUGCUGACGCAAGUUUCCCUGUCGGCUCCAACCACAGAGACGUUCUGUGCUGCUCGGCCGAAACCAGCAGCCGUCGCCGGUUUGCUGGAGUGCAGGAAGAGAGACGAAACCAAACUCAUCAAGAACCUCAUCACAGACCUCCGCUCUGAAGGCGCGCUGGCUCUGCCUCCAGGUUUGCCGGCCAGCGUGAUCUUCCUCUGCGUCCGUCAGGCCGACUGCAGUGGAGACCAGGCUCGCGCUCGCUCGCUCUGCAGCUCCGCUCUCAUCGCCAUGAAGGCCGCUCUCACGAAGCAAACCUCUGAUCUUGAUAUGACUGCUCUGUGGCUGAAAAAUUUUAGUCUUUUGCACGACCUGUUGGUGCAACAUUCUCCAGAACAGAGCCUGGACUCAGAUGAGCUCGUAUCUAUGACGACCGACCUGAGCGACUUGAUCCGCUCCCUGAGUGUCCUUUGUAUCCAGGCCUAUCAGCAGCUGCUCUCCAUCACCGAGACACUGCUGCAGAAACUCAUUGUCCCGGCCCUCCUGGAGAGCGAGACCAUCGCCGGUCUGUCCGGCUCGGCGGUGAAGCUGGUUGUCUCCAGGAAGCGGGCAGGCUCAGACCCUCGACCGCUCGGCGCCGACUCUCCCACCAUGGCGUCUGUGCUGAGGCAGCUCAGAGCGCUUCACACCGCACUGAGCCGCCAGGCUCUGCCCCAGAGUCUGGCCGAGCAAGCUUUCCGCCAGAUGACCUACCUCAUCUGUGCCUCUGCGCUCAACAACCUGCUGCUGAGGAAAGACAUGUGCUGCUGGAGCCGUGGCAUGCAAAUACGUUACAAUGUCAGUGUGCUCGAAGAAUGGUUGCGCAGCCAAGACCUGGCAGCAGGGGGCGCUGUGGCCACACUGGAGCCGCUCAUCCAGGCAGCUCAGCUGCUGCAGGUGGGGAAAAAGACGGAUGCGGAUGCUCAGGCCAUAGUCCGGACCUGCACCGCUCUCUCCAGCAAGCAGAUUAUGAAGAUCCUGACUCUCUACACUCCUCACAGUGAUCUUGAUGAAAAAGUCUCCCUAAAUUUUAUUCGCACUGUCCAGGAGCUCGUCAGAGGCCGCUCUGACAGUCAGCCUCCACAGCUCCUCAUGGACGUGAGGAGAGCGUUCCCCGUCACUGUGCCCUACUCGCCUCCCCCGGCCCUCAGCGCAGACGACUUAGUCAUCCCAGAAUCCCUCAAGAUCUCUUUUCUACGCAGAUCCUAGAAGAGUACUACUCCAUAUGUUGAAUGUUGCAUUCUGAAAUGCAAACACCUUUCUGAUCAUUAGUGGCGCUAAACAAAAUUAUUAGUCUAAAAGAAGCCCUCGGAUUAGAUUUUUCUACUAACUUAAUGAGUCCUGGAUUACUGAUCUCUGCUACCGUUUUCAGUUCUAUACUCAUGUAAAAAUGUGUGAAUAGCCCUAAGAAAUUAUCUAUUAUUCCAGUGUGAUAAUGCCACACUGAAACAUUAAGAGUCCGGCCUUAAGUUUGAAGCUGAAUGCAGGUACUAUGUUGAAAAAAUAUAUCAACAAAAUACAAAUCUGGGAUUAAGUAAACCGUAAUAAAUAAGUAAUCUGUUUUUUUUUGUAAGAAUUCCAAAGGACUUCUGAAUAGUAAAUCGUAUCUUUUCAUUUGUCUCUGAUAUAAAUAUGGCAUUAGAAACCCGUUUGUUUUAGCUGCUCUCCACUAGACGGCAAUCUAUGUUUCCACCACACACAGUGAGGAUGGAAAAGGAAGAAAAAUCCAAAGCUCACUGUUAAAACCGCUGCAGACGAUGUCAUUUUGGGGUCUCUUAAGUUUUGGAAAUCAGCAUUAGAAGUUUUACCACAGAUCAGCUGGUUUGUUAGAAGACACCCCAGGCAAAAGUUUGUUCUGUGUUACCAUCACAAACCUAGACAUGUGGUGUUUGACAAUCUCUACUCUGCUUUGGUCAGAUCAGUCUAAAAAAUUGUUCCCCCCCCAAAUAAAGCAAGUUUUGUGAAAAGGCACCAUAUGCCCUCUAUUAAGGUGGAGGAUCUGCUGUGGGCUUGUAUGACAACAUGAGCUCUCCUGAAUAAAUGGACGUGUUGUCUGUCGAGAACAUGUUUUCAACACAGAAAUGACUCAGAAUCUUUUAGAUUGUCUAAAGAUAACAAUUGUGACUUUGAUGAUUAUUAAGAAUUAAAUUCCUUAACAUUUUAUCUCCAACAGAUGUCCUAAAAAGUCAGGUUGAUUUAUUAUAUUUUUAAUUAUUCAGUGAAAAAGAUAUACAGCUACAAUAAAAGAAUCAUAUUGGACACUUUUCACAUAUUGUUUUUGACCAGAAAUGCCAACAAAUGGAUCCACAUUGGUGGAAAUGUAGCUUCAUUGUAUCUUUGCACAAAGCGACAGAGAAAAGUGUGAAAUUUCUGUUUUCCAUGUUUUAUUGGUAGCAGAAACACAGUUGGACUGUAGUCUCAGGAGCCUCGGCCCCCAACAACCAGAAUAAUAAAACAAAAACUAAAUUAGAAACAUCUUUUGUGUAAAAAAAUUCUCAUGCCAGUACUUUGCACCCACUACACGUCAUCAGUAAUACAUAUUUAUAUAUUCACAAACAUUUGAAAAAUAGAAAACAAUAAUCCAAAUAUCAAAAUAUAGAAGACAACAAUUGGCAUUGAACAUCAAAUAAUUAAUGCGUGCUGACACAACACGGUUUCUUUUUGUUUUUCUUGUUCCCGUCAUGCACCGUUUCUGGAAGUACACGACCGGCGCGCCCAUGUGGUUCGGCCGGCCGGACAGAGCAAGGGGGAGGGGAGGAUGGUCAUGCGUGUCUGUCCGCCUCUGUGUGUUAUGUAUGUGCUUUUCAUUGUGCUUCAUCUACUUCAGCUUCAAACCCGACGGCCCAGCAGGAGGAAGACCUUCCUCGAUUAAAGAGAAUCAUUGUCAACAGCAAUAAAGAUUAUUUUCGUGGCGUUUCCAGCAAGAUGUCAAUUGUAUGACUGUAUUUUUUUUUUUGUCAAGACUGUGCAGAUGUUUUCUUCCAAUAAAAAGACCUUUUACAUGCUA